AUGGCAAUGACACUGUCGGUAUGCUGCCUCCUCCUCGUCCUCGCCGGUGACGGCAGGGGCGAGGUCGCCGCGUUUGAGCUGGAGGAGGCCACCAUCGAAUCGAUCCAUCGCGCCUUGGCGACCGGGGAGCUUACCUCCCGCCGUCUCGUCGAGCUCUACCUGCGCCGCAUCGCGUCCGUCGAUCCCACUCUCCACGCCAUCAUCGAGCUCGACCCGGACGGCGCGCUCGCCGCCGACGCCGCCGCCCGGUCUAGCUCCGGCGUGCUCCCGCCGCUGCACGGCGUCCCCGUGCUGCUCAAGGACAACAUCGCCGCGGCUGGCGACGGUGGGGUGCUCAACGCUACGGCCGGGUCGCUCGCCAUGGUCGGGUCACGCCCCGCGCGCGACGCCGGCGUGGUCGAGCGGCUCAGGCGCGCCGGCGCGGUGCUGCUCGGCACCGCGAGCCUCAGCGAGUGGUGCAACUUCCGCGGCCCCGGCAUCCCCGCCGACUGGAGCCCCCGCGGCGGCCAGGGCAGGAACCCGUACGUGCCGUCGGCGACAACGUGCUCCUCCAGCAGCGGCUCAGCCAUUGCAGCGGCCGCGAACAUGGCGGCGGUGACGAUAGGGACUGAAACGGAUGGCUCCAUCAUGUGUCCUUCCAGCUACAACUCCGUCGUCGGGAUCAAGCCCACCGUGGGUCUCACCAGCAGCGCCGGCGUCAUCAUCAUUUCACAAAGGAUGGACACAAUUGGGUGA